AUGUCUCUCUAUGGCGCUCGCGAGAAUGGCGGGGAUGAGAUGAUGACACCGGGCAUAACGGGCAUGAGCGGCAACUACAGAAACGAAAGUAACUGCCACCGCUUCUGGAAUCGACUCAUGACGUGCAUGCGGGAGAGUCAAGAGUUGGAUGUCCUGUACGACUGCCGUAGCCGCUUGCUGGACAUGCGGGAGUGCGUCGUACGUCACAAGCAGGCGACGUGGGUAAUGCGAGAAACGAUGACGUCCAUCCGCCACGAGGCUGAGUUCCGCAAGUGGCUGCGUGACUACGACGAGAAGAUGGGGCACCCGCCGCUUCUGGAGGCAGUGGCAGCGGUGCGCAAGAAGGUGGACGCUGAGGGCGGCGUGGACAUUAUGAACCCCACAGUGUUCAAGGACCCUGACAUGUACAUUCCGCGUAGAAACAAAUUAGCAUCGGCCGGCCGGUGA